AUGGCGAAAGUCCAUGCACCGGGUAAAGAAUGCAUAAGGUGUCCAUGUAGGAGAUGCCGAAAUCGAACUUUCCAUCCUAUUCCUAUGGUUGAGGAUCACUUGUUCAUCAUAGGUAUUGAUCCAUCUUAUACGGAAUGGAUAUUCCAUGGCGAGGAGGAAACUUUGGCCGAGGCAGAAUUUUCGGAUGAAGAAGGUGAUAAUGCCUAUAGCUAUAAUGACUACAUUGAUGAUGUAGACGAGAUGCUAGAUGACAUCCAUGUGGGAUCAUUCAUGGAUAAUUCUUUUAGAACAGAAUUUAAUUCAGACGCAGGGCCUUCACGACACACCUCUGAUACUCCAAUACACCCAAACUUCGACGAGUUGCUAGAUGAUGCAAGAAAGCCACUUUAUCCAAACUGCACAGAGUUCUCAAAGCUAUUAUUCAUAGUCAAGUUGCUUCACAUAAAGACAGUUGGUGGUUGGACUGUGAAGUCGUUUGACAUGGUUAUAAAGCUUUUGCAAGCAGUGUUUCCUCAUGCUCUUUUCCCUAGCUCAUAUAACGAGGCUCGCCGCUUACAACGUGGUUUGGGCUUCAGUUAUACAAAGAUACAUGUAUGUCCAAAUGAUUGUGUCUUGUUUUGGAAGGAUCAUGCUAAUAAAGAUGAGUGCCCCAAAUGUAAUGCAUCUAGGUGGGCCUUAAGCACAACUAACCAACAGAGGAUACCUAAAAAAGUCCUCCGAUAUUUUCCUUUGAAGCUGCGGUUGCAAAGGCUGUUUAUGUCAAAGAAGACCGCCCAAGCCAUGAGAUGGCAUGUAGAAGAGCGUGUUGACGAUCCCAACUUCAUGAGACAUCCGGCUGAUUCUAGGGUAUGGAAGGACUUCGAUAACAAACAUCCGAGGUUUGCCCAAGAUCCUCGUAAUGUCAUACUUGGUCUAGCGAGUGAUGGGUUCAACCCAUUCAAUAACAUGAGCAAACCGUACAGCAUUUGGCCAGUGCUACUUGUGCCUUACAACUUGCCCCCUUGGUCAUGCAUGAAAGAUCCAUACUUGAUGUUGUCAUUGUUAAUCCCUGGACCAAAGGCACCGGGAAAUGAUAUUGACGUGUUCCUGCGUCCCCUAAUAGAUGACUUGAGAGAAUUAUGGGAAGAGGGAAUUCGUACAUAUGAUGCAUACAAACGAGAAUCGUUUCAGCUGAGGGCAGCGUUGCUCUGGACCAUCCAUGAUUUUCCUGCAUAUGCAAAUCUUUCAGGCUGGAGCACAAAGGGUAAGAUGGCAUGCCCUACAUGUAACUUAGAAACAGAUGCAUUGUGGCUUGUGCAUGGCCGAAAACAUUGUUAUAUGGGUCACCAUAGGUGGUUGGUGCCAGAUCACAGUUGGAGGAGGAAAAAAAAUGCUUUUAAUGGUAAGGAGGAACACCGUCUCCAACCUAUAAUGAAAGUGGGACAAGCUUUAAUGGAGCAAUUACAUGAGGUCUCAAACGUGCAGUUUGGUAAAUCAACAAAGAAGAGGAAACGUAUGCCCAAUGAACAUAACUGGUCAAAAAAAUGUAUCUUCUUUGAGCUUCCUUAUUGGUUAGAUUUGGGAUUACGACAUAACUUGGACGUCAUGCAUAUUGAAAAAAACAUUUGUGAUUCAUUCCUGGGAACCUUGAUGAAUAUUGAAGGCAAAAGUAAGGACACCGCCAAUGCGCGUAGGGAUUUGGAAGCUCUUGGACUAAGGAAAGAAUUACACUUACAACAUGAUGGUAAUCAUACUUCUAUGAGUCUUGCAUGUUACAUGUUAAAUGUUACUGAGCGAAGGAGUUUUUGUGCACGUCUGUCAGAUGUCAAAUUUCCGGAUGGCUUUGCCUCAAAUAUUGCCCGGUGUGUCAAUGUUACUGAAGGAAAAAUCAUGGGAAUGAAGAGCCAUGAUUGUCAUAUCUUCAUGCAAUAUUUGUUGCCGAUUGUUAUUGGUGGGUACCUACGACCCGAUAUUAGGGGAGCUUUAAUAGAGUUUUGCUCUUUUUUCAAAGAAUUAUGUUCACGAACACUAGACAUAACAGUGUUGAAACGGCUUCAAGCUAAUAUCCCCAUCAUUCUUUGCAAAUUAGAAAUGAUAUACCCACCUGCAGUUUUUGAUAUCAUGGUGCACCUUGCCAUUCAUCUGCCAGAUGAGGCAUUGCUAGCAGGACCUGUUCAGUACAGGUGGAUGUACCCUUUCGAGAGGUAUUUGGGUAAGUUCAAGCGGUAUGUCCGCAACAGAGCCCGUCCAGAAGGCUCAAUUGCUGAGGCAUAUGUUCAUGUCGAGUGCCUGAUAUUUUGCUCUAUGUACCUUAAUGAUAUCGAGACUAGACAUAAUCGAGAGGAGCGAAAUAGUGACUUCAAUGGGCAAACCACCCGAGAGCCAAGUUUAUCAGUUUUCAACCAAAAGGUUCGCCCAUUGGGGGCAGCAAGAAUGACAAAAUUACCCGACGCACUGUUGGCCAAGGCCGAGUGGUACAUCCUUAAUAAUUGCGCAGAGAUUGAGGACUAUAUGGAUGAUCACUAUAACAAAAUGAAAGAAGAGGACCCUAGUAACAUCGAGCGUAGGCACCAAAGUCAAUUCCCAACGUGGUUCAAAACACGCAUCACCGAGUUGCAUGCUAAGACUCCCCCAGAGGUGACCGAUGACAUAUAUGCAUUAGCAUGUGGUCCAGAUCAACUAGUCGCAUCAUAUGCUGGUUGUAUAAUGAAUGGAAUUCGAUUCCACAUGAAGGAUCUCGAAGGGCGUCGCCGCACCCAAAACAGUGGUGUUGUUGUUCAUGCCGACCAUGAAGGAUUGCCAAUUGACUUCUAUGGUGUGUUGCAAGACAUCAUAGAAUUACGCUAUAUGGGUUGGCGUAAGUGCUUUUUGUUUAAAUGUGAUUGGUGGAACGUUGGCGACACGAGACGAGGGAUACACAUUGGUGAUCACUUCACAAGUGUCAAUACUUCUAGGCAAUGGUAUGAAGAUGAGCCUUUCGCUUUAGCAUGUCAAGCGUUGCAAGUGUUUUACAUAAAAGACCCGACUUUGGGGGGAAGUUGGCACGCGGUACACAAGAUAACAAAUAGGAAUGUUUACAAUAUUCGGCACAAGAGUGAGGAUGAUCAAAACAUUGAUGAUGAAUCCGACGUUCUUGAAAAAGAAGAUGAGAGUGACACUGAUGUUAUCCAUUAUGGUACUAUUAAUGAAACUAAUCCAGACAUUCUCAAUCCACUGACCCGAGUAAAUGAAGAUCACUUGCCCGUUGAUCCAUCAACAUUGUCACCAGAGCAAUUGGCUGAAGAAAGUGACGAUGAGGCCUUCAUUGAUGAUCAAAACAUUAAUGACACUUUUUGGAUGGAGAACAUAGAUGAGGGGGAUAGCGAUGGUAAUGAAUGA